AUGCUAGAGGAGGAGACUGUGGACGGGUUUCUCCGGGGCUUUGAUAACUUCCGAAAGCAGAUGGCUCGGAUCUGCCCCCAGUUCGACCUUUCGACGAUCCGUCCGAGGAUGAGGCUGGGGUACAGCUCCGACUCUGACGACGUUCCUGCCGCCCUUAUGUCCGAAGAAGAUCUCGCUGAGGCCGAAGCCGAGGCAGCCGAGCCGGCGGUGGCGGAGGCCCUCCCUCACGAAACCAGCGAGAACGUUCCCGCGGCGCCAGCCGAGGCCCCCGCCGCAGACCCCGAGUCCGUACCCGCCGAAGGCCCCCAGGUCAUCGCCGUGGACGACCCCGAGGAUAGUGACAAGCAUAGGUCUGCAGCUGAGGAAAUUUUGCGGAUUGGCAAUGAAAAUAUUGCAUCUCGGGUAUUCAAAUUUCAUGAAUUGGCAGCAGCUACCAAGAACUUCAGCACCUCGAACCUACUUGGUGAAGGUGGAUUUGGAAGAGUGUAUAAAGGACGCCUUGAAGGCACGAAUGAAGUUGUAGCAGUUAAAAAACUCGAUAGGAAUGGAUUUCAGGGAAACAGAGAGUUCCUUGUUGAAGUACUAAUGCUCAGUCUCCUACACCACCAGAAUCUUGUCAGCUUGCUUGGAUAUUGUUCUGGUGGUGACCAAAAGAUUCUAGUAUAUGAAUACAUGCCACAGGGUUCAUUGGAGGAUCAUCUCUUAGAUCUAUCACCAAAUAAGAAGCCACUGGAUUGGUAUACAAGAAUCAAAAUCGCAGUUGGUGCAGCCAAAGGCCUUGAGUACUUGCAUGAUAUAGCCAACCCGCCUGUGAUUUACCGUGAUUUAAAAGCAUCGAAUAUACUUCUUGAUGAAGAUUACAACCCAAAGUUAUCUGAUUUUGGCCUAGCCAAGCUUGGUCCAGUAGGAGAUAAGAGCCAUGUUUCUACAAGAGUGAUGGGGACUUAUGGCUACUGUGCUCCAGAGUAUGCAUUAACAGGCCAGCUAACAAAAAUGUCGGAUGUAUAUAGUUUCGGAAUUGUGUUUUUGGAGCUAAUUACUGGAAGGAGAGCCAUAGACUUUACAAAACCAACACAUGAGCAACACCUUGUUCAUUGGGCAGAGCCACUCUUGAGAGAUAAGAGGAAGUUUGUACAAAUGGCUGACCCAUUGCUUCAGGGGAAAUUUCCCAUAAAGGGUCUAUACCAAGCUCUUGCAGUUGCUGCUCUGUGUCUUCAUAAGGAAGCAAGUUCUCGUCCACUAAUUGGUGAUGUUGUAACUGCUCUCCAGUUUCUGAUUAAUCCAAAUACUGCAGAAGACUGUGAAGAGUCGAUCCCUAAGAAAUCACCUCCUCCUGAUUCAGAGAUAGAAAGAAAUAUUGCUGGGAAUGACAAUGUACUUAUAUAACAAAGAAAAUCUAAAAAGGAUGAGAAA